AUGAAUGUGGAGCAAGCGUUUGAGUCGCUAAAUGAGUUCCUUAUAGCUCUUAUACACACUAUUUUGUAUGUGGAGAACGUAUACCCCAGUCACACGUUUAAUUUGGUCCGGCAGUACGAUGUGGCGGUCCACCAGAACGGGCACCCGGGAGUGCGGGAAUGGGUGGAGCACAGCGCCACUGUUUUAACCGACACGGUACGAUCUACACCAACACAAAGUAUAUCGUUUGUAAUUUCACAACUGCAGCCUGUGUCAAAGUAUGUGCUGGACACGAGCAGACUCCCCCGAUCUGGAGAAAUCAGCCUUGAUUCAGCCAGGCUUUUUGCAGAAUACAAGGCGUGUUUGACGGCCAUGUUGUCGGUUGACCGGGCCUCUGGACCUAGCACUAUAAACAUUGCCAUCAAUGCGGAGCCCACAGAAAAGCUGUUUGCUCCCGAAAGCGCGUAUAUCGUAGCAGACUCCCAUGCAGCCAGCCAGUGGCCGACCACUGCGGCGGGCAUUGAACCGAUUCGGUUUAUUGACGGGGGCCAAUUUUGUAUUGACGUAUGGCGACAAGCCCAAUAA